UAGCAGAUACACCUCCAGUUCCUGAAGACCAAACAUCUGUCAAUUCUCCAUCAUCAUGUUCACCAUCCUUCUUAUCAUAUCAGUGUUUUACCAAGGCCAGGCUGUGAAAGACUUCGGUAAAGACUUCGUUACAGCCUUUCCAGAGAACAUCGCCUACUACUACCCUUCCACUCUCUUCAACACCCUCAAAAUCACCGCCCUCCACAACAACACCAACUUUAACGUCAUCUUCAAUGGCGCAAGCAUUGAAACCGGGACCCUGAUGGCAGGACAAACCAAGACUGUGUAUCUUCCUGACGAAGUGGAGGAGCACCAACUCGGACUCUCCACAAAAUCUGUCAGAAUUUCCAGCGACAACGACGUCACCGUGUUUUCCAAAAGUUUGAGGGGUAGCAGCAUCCAGACCAACGUCGUUCAACCUGUGACCAACCUCGGCAAAGUCUAUCAAAUCCCUUUCGUCAAUUUUACCGAGCUUAUUUUAUUGUUAAACGACUACAACGUCUCAACCGCCAGAACGUCUCAAACCCAGAAUUACAACCUUUUCAGGGUUCUCAUCAUCAAUGCUGAAGAUAAGGACAACACGGUGAAGGUCACCAAUCAACAAAGCGGCUCAGAAACGAGCUUCAAGCUAAGCGCCUUCCAGUUCGUCCAGAUGAGCGACAGCGAAUCCGCGAUGAAGAUCUCCGCUGCCGCUUAUGUUUCCGUCCUGCUCACCCACCCUUGUUUGGACACUUCCUUCUGCAAAUGCACAAUGGUUGUCCACCAGCUAAGACCUGCAAACCUCCUGGGAGACCAUUUCCUCGUACCUUCCUUUCAAAUUGGCGAAUAUUCCAGAAUGUUCUCGACUUCAGACCAGUCCGUCAACUUUGAAUACGGUUCUCCACCAAAUAACGGCUCUCAAACGUUGAAUCCUGGCAGCUCAGUCUUCCUAUCCUUCUACCAGCAUCUAACGGUGGGGUUCUCCAACAUCACAACCUCCCAGCCGGUGUCCCUCAAGCUCAUGGGCGUCGGUAGUUUGGUAGAUCUCAUCCCCGUCUCCAUGUUCUCAGCCUGCUACCUUGUACACUCCUCCUCGUUCGCCGUAUCCCAGGCUUUGCUCAUCGUUGAAACGACACAAGUGUCAGAAACGUACAUAGACAAGACCAACUCUGGCUCAUCGAUGACGUGGAAUGCCAUAAACGGUACCGAGUACUCCUGGGCCGUGGUGGAUCUUUACCUUCUGAUGUCUCAGGUCAUCUGGCAUCCCUCUUCAAAGAUGGCGGUGUACGUAUUCGAGCGAAUGGCGUCAACGCUGUUCGAUUACGGUGGUCCGGCUAUCUCCAUCAAUGAAGAACCAGACCCCAGAGGCUGCUUGGUUUCUCAGGCGAUGUUGGAGGUCAGUGAUCAGUCGGUUAGCUGGCCGGCGUCUUGUCAGUACUGUAAGCUGAAGGGUGGUUACCUGGCCAGUCCCAGCUGGGCUGAAGCUCAGCGUUACAUGAUCCAAGAACUGGAGGAAGUCGGAGCGACUGGUCAGGCGUGGAUUGGCCUCCGGCGUAGCCUGUUGACCUCCGAGUGGUACUGGCAGACCGGCCAGAACUUCAGCUUCUCCAACUGGGCCAGCGGCCAACCGGUCAGUCCCGAGAAAGGCAUGUGUGUUUUCGUAAAGCUGGAACCAAACGGUAACUACACCUGGAACAGUGCGCGGUGCUGCACCUCCAUGAAACCCAUGUGCUUCAAAGAACCCAACUACCUGCAUCUCAUCAACCCCAUUUCCUGAAUGCUAAUGCUAACAUCAUAUCUGCUAAUGCUAACAUUAAAUUAGCUAAUGCUAACAUCGUAUGUGCUAAUGCUAACAUUAAAUUAGCUAAUGCUAACAUGAUAUCUGUUAAUGCUAACAUGAUAUCUUUUAAUGCUAACAUCAUAUCUGCUAAUGCUUACAUUACAUCUGCUUAUACUUACAUUACAUCUGCUAAUGCUUACACCAUAUCUGCUAAUGCUUACAUCAUAUCUGCUAAUGCUUACAUCAUACCUGCUAAUGCUAUCAUCAUAUCUGCUAAUGCUUGCAUUUCUAUUAAUUCUAACAUCACAUCUGCUAAUCCUAACAUUACAUCCAUUAAUGCUUACAUCACAUGUGCUAAUGCUUACAUUACAUCUGCUAAUGCUAACAUCAGAUUUGCUAAUGCUUACAUCACAUCUGCUAAUACUUACAUUACAUCUGCUAAUGCUUACAUCACACAUGCUAAUGCUAACUUUGCAUCUACAAAUGCUAACAUUAAAUUUGCCAGUGCUUACAUGAAAUCUGCUAAUGUUAACAUCAUGUCUACUUAUGCUAAUGUCACAUCACCUAAUGCUAACAUUACAUCUAAAAAUGCUAACAUCAUAUCUGCUAAUGCUAACUUCACUUCCGCUUAUGCUUACAUCACAUCACCUAAUGCUAACAUCACAUCUAAAAUGCUAACAUCACAUCUGCUAAUGAUUACAUCAUAUCUGCUAAUGAUUACAUCACAUCUGCUAAUGCUAACAUUACAUCUAAAAAUGCUAACAUCAUAUCUGCUAAUGCUAACUUCACUUCCGCUUAUGCUAUCAUCACAUCUGCUAAUGCUAACGUCACAUCUGCU